AUGGGAGAACCACAGAAUGGAAAUAUAGAAGAAGUAGCCAAGAAUGGAAAGGCGGACGCAGUCGCCAUAUCGAAACACGACCACCAGCAGCAGCAACUACCUAGUAUCCCCCACAUUACCGCCAAUCUAAUCCCCUUAUCCAAUAUCCUCAAAUUCUACGCCCAAGAAGCAUACAAACAGUUGACAACGGCAGUAGAGAACUUGUCGACUAGUGUCGAUGAAGAGUCGGACGUGAAGCGGAAAAAGUACUUUCUUGAUAUAAUUGUGGCAUUACGACAGGAUCUCCUCAAGGUAUAUACUUUGAUCAAAUGGGCCAGUGUAUCACAAGAUGUAUCGAGAUUUAUUGAUUUGUUAAACUGGUUCCGAUUACAAGAAUUCCACUUUGAUCAUCUAAUGCAUGAAUUAGCCGGGUUGAGUGGAUUUGGAGGGGCCAAGUUGCCCAAUUUUGACAUUGAAACUGCCUUGGAAGUGUUUUAUAAAAAGAGACCCGUUUUACCAUCGCAUAAUUAUUUACAACAACCGAAAAUUAGUUCACGUAAAGUAUUGGAAGUGUUGCAGGAUUUGAAUUUGGCAUUAAUGACUAAGUUUGCCUUGAUUGACGUUCCAUCCCAAUUUGAAUUUGAAAUAAAAGAUGGACGUACUUAUAUUGACGUGGCUAAGGAAUUCCAAGUUAGUGUUACCAUGGCUAAUGACGAUUUAAACAGUGAUAACCCAUUCUACAUGAUUGAUUUUAAAUUUUUAUUUGGAAUUGAUCGCAAUGAAACUUUGGUUACUUUUGGCGAUAGUGAAAGCGAUAGGAUUGUUACUAGACUACCGACACAAUCGUAUGUCAAAUUGGAGAAAAUUGCCAAUCAAGUCUUGAACGUUCUGGGAUUACAGGGCUUGUAUGAGUUGUUGCACAAGUAUUCCAUUUCUUUUAAAUUGUAUCUUGUUUCGAAACAGAUUCGUGGUUUGUUGCAUACAUUGAAGUGGAGAAAUAAUUUACAAAUCAAGUAUGCCAUGGGAAGCUCGUUGAUUAUAGUCAAUUAUUGGUCGCUGCAUUUCCUAAAUUCUAAUUGGAAAUCAUUUAUUGAAAUUGGGAUUGAUCAAAGGUUUAAAUUGACUUAUAGAUGGUUCCGAAAUGGGAAAUAUGAAAGCAAUGAUGUUGUGAGGAAAACCGUACAAAAUAGAGAUAGUGGUGAGACCGAGGAGGGUGGUGACUCUAUUCCAAAAGAACUGAAUGAGGUGGUGCCAUCAGAAUAUGAGAGUGAUUCCGUUGAGGGAGUCAAUAUCGAGUCCGUCCUUAGCACAUUCAUGAUUUCGCAUUCAGCCAGCAUUAUCAAGAUUAUAUUUAAACUUCUUCGGACUAGGAUAACUGGUAAUAUUGAGUUGGUAAAUUCGCACCAGAUUAUGUUUUCCAUAUCACCAAAGAAAUCAGCCGUAUUGGCAAUCAAUCCAUUGACGGGGUUGUUCUACUUCAUAAACCCAAGCCCAAUACAGAACCGACUUUUAAAACGGAUCAAUUCGCCUCCCCUAUCAUUAUCUAAACAACAGCAGCAACAGCAGCAACAGCAGCAACUUGUUACUGAAACUGGUUUUGCUGAGGGUGUCGUUGCAGUAAUACAUCAGUUGAUGUUGGAAACUUUCACCAAGGAAGUCAACAAUUACUUGUCCACCACUGAAUGGAUCCACAAUAGUAUCAUCAAGUUGAAUGAUGCAGAAAUCUAUAAUUUGUUGAAAUCAAUUGAUAAAACAAAUAACAAGGAUCAUUUAACGGUACAAUUUUACCGCCGCAAGCACUGGCCCUCAACUUGGUUUCUCAUUGUUAUGAUCAACGGGUUAACUUCGACUACUGCAUGGUGGGUGGCCCGAAUCAAGUCAGUUGAUGCCAAUUGGGUAGUUAGCUAUUUGCAAAAUUUGGUCUUUAAUCCAUCGUUGGAUUACCAAUUCUUUAAAAACUUGGGUAAAUCUACAUUUAAAAAGAUUAUCAAUCAUGUCAUUUUGGAUGAAUUACAUGCUAAUGGAAUCGAAUAUGACCAUGUCUUGGCCGAUGAGCAGAAACAUGAGAAUGAGAAUGAGAAUGAAGCGCAAACCGAAGAUGCAAAACAGGUUAGAAAUGAACUUGUCGAUCUUGGUUUGGUAAAUUCAAAAGAGUCCCAAAACCAAGUGAUUAUUUACCAGUCAAUAAUCAAAUUGCAAAACACAAACUUGAUCCCGAUUGAAAACUCCUCAUCGCAUUUCUAUUUACAAGUACAAUUGAUCAAUGAGGAUGACAAUAUCAACAAGAUGAACUUGAAUCUAUUUGGAAAAUUGAAAAACCUAUCCAUUAAGAACUCACCCGAAUUGGCCAAGUUUAAUCUUAAAAUCGAUCAUCAAAAGCAAAAUCUUGAAAUUGCUACGUCUGUCGACUUGAAUCUGAUUAUAAAUGAACAUCGGGAUCAUCAAAAGCAACGAUUUUUGAGUCCCAUUUUUGAUAAUUUAAGCAAGUUGAACAAUUUGCUUCAAAUUCUUGACCAGUUGAACGAUCACAAUAUCGAAAUCUUGGACAAUUCAAUGGAUAGUAUGGUGAUUAAAGUAAAUGAGGCCAUUGAUAAAUUAUUGAUUCAGUUACCACAACAACCGCAAAAUGCUAUACAGAUACGUACCGUGGAGACCAAACCGUGGGAAAUUGAAAUUAUCAUCCACUUUUUGAAUCAGUAUUUGCGACAGACUAGAUCGACGAAUAUCGUCGGCAUAAUCACAUAUCUUACCAAUUUUGAUCCGAUUUAUCGUGCUGUCAAACAAGUUCAAACAUUGCUUCGUGAAAAGGGUGGCCACAACACCAGCAGCCCGCAACAUGCAUCCCAAGAUGAUUUAAAAUUGAGUAAUGGAUUAAACAAGAUUUACUUUGACGCCAUUUUCAAAAACCUCAAUCUGAUUCAAUUUAUGUUUAAUUUAUCAUCGACGAUACAAAACACGCGCAAGAUUCAAAAGGAUAAAAUCUUGAUUUCGUUAUCCUUUAAACAAAAUAAAUUCAACAAGAGCUCACGCGGCCAAGACCAACAGCAGAAGAAUUUAAUCAAAGUGUCCUUGAAGAACAAUUUGAAUUCAAAAAAUGUUAAAUUUAAACGAUUAUUUGAAUUGAUGUUCAAGAGCAUAUCUGAAUUGGAACGGAAUGAGAAUGACGAAAUUAUCAAUUUGCAAGAAAACCAUUUGUUAAUUAAAUUGAAUUAUGAUUUCUUGAUUAGUUGUAAUGUGAUUGAAGAUAUGAUGGACCGGAUUACUAAAUGUUUUAUUCAAUAUGUAGCUGAAGAAACUAAAUAA